GUCGCCUACCUUCCGCUUCGGUACUAGUCGAAUUCUGCCAGCUAAUAUCAUUUGUGCAUACAGCAUUUCUUCACGCGUGAUACGCUCGUUUCAUGCUAAGUGCCACAUAUUCGCAAUCUGCCUUACUAAUCACCUUUAGAUCUGGGCUGUGGGCACAUACGGCUUGAUGCCGCCGCAGUAAAGCAAGGGCCGUUCCCCUCGAAGGUUGCCGCUGUUGCAUUGCUUGAGCUUAUAAGGACGAUGACAUAGACAGUAUCUGCCAGCACCAACAGCUUAGCUGCCUCUCCGAGUCUACCUCGAGCAACGAAAGCAGCAUGUCUACCCAGAAGGCUCUAUACCUCCCCGAGCUCAAGGGCAAGCUUAUAAUCAAGGAGAGAGACAUCCCAGAGCCAGGGCCCGGCGAAGUUCUCAUCGAGGUUCAUGCGGCUGGGCUCAAUCCCGCCGACUGGAAAAUCUCGGAGCUUGGGAUCCUGGUCACCGAAUAUCCCAUCGUCCUAGGCCUUGACUCGGCGGGCAUCGUCAAGAAAGUCGGCCCCGAGGUCACCAACGUUGCCGUCGGCGACAGGGUGCUCCACUCAGGCUUCCGCAAUGUCCGUAGCGGUACAUUCCAGCAGUACACGAUUGCACCUGCCGAGAUUAUUGCCAAGAUCCCACCAAACCUGACGUUGGAUCAGGCCGCAUCGAUCCCUCUCGCAGCCGCAGCCGCAGCCGUCGGCUUGUACUACCGCACAGGAACAGAUGUCAUCAGUCUCACUGCGCCCUGGGAGAAGGGUGGCCGCGGCAAGUACGCAGGCGAACCUAUUCUCGUUAUCGGCGGCUCAUCUGCCGUCGGCCAACAAGUGGUUCAGUUUGCACGGAUCUCCGGGUUCUCGCCCAUCAUUGCCACGGGAUCGCUGCAUAACGAGACAUACCUCAAAUCUCUCGGUGUGACGCACGUCAUUGACCGCGAUGCGUCGCUCUCUGCGCUACACACCGCCGUGAAAAAGAUUACGGCCAAGCCAGUCAAGGUCGUAUUCGACGCGGUCUCGUUUGCAGAUACACAGAACGCCGCGUACGAGGUGCUCGCGCCGGGCGGAAAGCUCAUAAUUGUCCUGCCCAGUGCCGUCGACGAGGAUAAGACCACGCCCGAAAAGCAGGCCGUGAUGGUGUAUAGCAGCUUCUGGGGUACAGAGCGACGCGAGCUUGGCAAGAACCUGUACGCCGAGCUGACAGGAUGGCUCGAAGCUGGUGAGAUUAAGCCAAAUAACAUCGAGGUAUUGCCUGGUGGGCUCGUGGGCAUCCUUAGCGGCUUGGAGAGGCUGAAGAAAGGCAUUAGCGCAGUGAAGCUCAUUGCUCACCCACAGGAGAAUGCUUGAGGAGCUCGGUAUACUAAGCACUUAGGUAGUUGAUGUAUAUUAGUGUGGUGCGCCUUGGCGUGCGGUUCUGAAGUUCCGCCGUUUCCGACGUCGUUAGAACUAUGAGACCGGUGAUGGUGAUAUGAUAUAGGGAUCGGCUAUGUAUGAAUACGAUUGCAUAU